GCCACGGGCUUCCAAACACGUUUUCUGUGUGUGGGUCCUGACAGAAUUCCCUCUACCGCCGCCGCCGCUACCAUCACCCCACUUACUGACCGCUAACACGGGCGUCCCUUACCGCUGACCCCCGUACAGGAAAACAUUAUUGAUUUGACUUCCCAAACACGAGGGAAUAACAAUACCAGAAUUAUUGUUAACGAAAGAAUAAGGAAACAGAAGUUAUUUACCUUAAAAGUUGUCAACAUUUGGUGGCGCUGUGGAUUCUGUUGUCUGUUCUAAGUGGAGUUUUAUAGUCCCUGUUUUCUGUUUGUCUGUAAAAUAAACAGAAAACAACAGAUUAGAAGGACAACAGUGGCAUGUGUCUGUUGUCAUAUAACCUGUUCAUUAACGUGGUAUUUAAAUAAUAUUGUGAACUACCAACAUCUGUUAUACUAUAUACUGACAACACCUGUGAUACAGUGCACUGAAUACACCUGUGAUAUAGUGUACUGACAACACCUGUGAAACUGUGAACUAGAAACACUUACAAUACGGUGGAUUGGAAACACCUGUGAGACUCAUCAGGACAGGUGUUGACAUCUCAGUAGGUGUGGUCGUGGGCUGCCAGUGGGCGUGAUGUGGGCGGUAUGGACGUGUGUGGUGUGGACCUGCCUUAUCCUCCUGGUCCAGCCCAGCUUUGGAUACCGUUCAGGUGGUGGCGUCAGGCCGGGGACCGAGGACCUACCAGCCCACAAGCGACAGUCGGUCCAGUAUUCCACACUUGUCGGUCCUUCCUUCAUCAACGCCACCCUCAACGCCCACGCCCACGCGCCCAUCGGCCAGACCGCCUACCUCACCUGCAUGGUCAGAAACCUCCACAACUAUACGGUGUCGUGGGUGAGGGCGAGAGAUAUACACCUGUUGACUGCUGGCGAGACAACAUACACCUCAGAUCACAGGUUCGUAGCGGUGAACCCUGCAGGAGGAGCACAAUGGGUCUUACGCCUCCACCACGCCCAGCCCACAGACGCCGGAACUUACCUGUGUCAGGUGUCCGUCACUCCGCCCAUCUCCACCUCCGUGACUCUUCUGGUGACAGAGGCAGCAGCGACGGUGUACCCUGGCAGAGAAGUAUUCCUGAAGGAGAGUAGCCGCUUGGUGCUAGUGUGUGAGGUGCGUGGCUGCCCCUAUCCCGCCCAUCCCACCUGGUACCGCGGCAGACAGGUACAAGACGGAACGGAAGUGGAAGAGGGCCAUGUGACUGCUUCCCCUCCCACACCACCCACUGAAUCUUCCUCUUCCUCUUCCUCCUCCUCCUCCUCCUCCACUACCACCAUCUCCCUCACCACCGAUCCUACCACAGUCGCCUCCACCAUCACCAUCAUAACCAGCACUUCCUUACUCUCUACUUCUACCACCACAAUCCCAAGCACAACUACCACAACUACCACUACAACUACCACCACCACCACGCCAGCACCCAUCGGUCUGCCCAUAGCUAAAGCGACGCUCACACGCCCACGAGCCAAGGUCGCCCAUUCCGGGGUGUACACCUGUACUAACUCGUGCACAUCACCUGUCAACGUCACCUUACACGUGCUUAUAGGAGAUGAGGAGACGGCGGCCAUGCAGCACCUGAGCGGGUCGUUGAGCCUCGCCCCGUCAGCUGGUGCCAAUGUUUUGUUGAUGGUGGCAGCCGUGACGUCAUGGACCUGGAGGAGGAUGACGUCAUGAGAUAAUAACAGUUGCCGUGUAUACAAUUUGUCAUCCUUUUAAAAGUGGGGAAGGGAAGGGCAGUAGGUCUAGUACUUUGAACAAGAACUGUAUUUUAUUAUCUUGGUGUAAUUAGACAAUAAUAAAUAAAUAUAUAUAUGUAUAUAAGGUCAUAUUUAGCGGGAAAAAAGUAGAUUUAGAUGCCAUGAUUUAAAUACGUAAUAAUUAACUAGUUAGCAACCCUUCUCCCAUUAUGGUUGGUCCUGCACAACCAAUCACCGUCAAUGUUUACUUUGGCCACAAGUGUUGCUUCACCAAUCACCUCUGAGGUAAAAAUAACUGGGUAAAGGGACGGUUCAUUAUUCUUGUUCCGCUCAAUCACGGCAUCGGCGCCAUCUUGGGGUCAUAGAGGACGAAGAACCGUGUUUAUUAUUAAUGAAUGUAUACAACACUAGCCAUCCUAAUCUGACCUGACCUAACCUGGCAUAACUCAAACUAACCUGACUUAACCUGACAUAACUUAAACUAA